AUGUACGGCCGAGAUCCAUGGGGUGGUCCACUCGAGAUCAACGCCGCGGAUUCCGCCACCGACGACGAUCGCAGCCGGAAUCUAAACGAUCUCGACCGCGCGGCUCUCUCACGGCCUCUAGACGAGACGCAGCAGAGCUGGCUCCUCGGUCCAACGGAGCUGAAGAAGAAGAAGUACGUUGAUCUCGGCUGCAUAAUCGUCAGCCGCAAAAUCUUCGUCUGGACUGUCGGCACCAUCGCCGCAGCCACAUUACUCGCCGGACUCAUCACCUUGAUCGUCAAAACCGUCCCCCACAGCCACCACAAGGCUCCUCCGCCGGAUAAUUACACCCUCGCUCUUCACAAAGCCCUCAAGUUCUUCAACGCUCAGAAAUCUGGGAAAUUGCCGAAGCACAAUAACGUCUCGUGGAGAGGCAAUUCCGGGCUUCAAGACGGGAAAGGCGAAACGGGAACGUUUUACAAAGAUCUGGUUGGAGGCUAUUACGACGCCGGCGAUGCGAUCAAGUUCAAUUUCCCCAUGGCUUACGCGAUGACGAUGCUGAGCUGGAGUGUGAUCGAGUACAGCGCCAAGUACGAAGCUGCAGGAGAGCUUACUCAUGUCAAGGAACUCAUCAAAUGGGGAACAGAUUACUUCCUCAAGACUUUCAAUAGCACUGCCGAUUCAAUCAACGACAUGGUCUCACAGGUUGGACAUGGAAACACUGAUGCCGAAAGCAUAGAGCCUAACGAUCAUUACUGUUGGAUGAGGCCUGAAGACAUGGACUACAAGAGGCCAGUGACUAUGUGUAACGGCGGAUGCUCUGAUCUCGCGGCGGAGAUGGCGGCUGCGUUGGCCUCAGCGUCGAUUGUGUUCAAGGACAACAGAGAGUACUCUAAGAAGCUUGUGCACGGUGCUAAGACGGUGUAUCAGUUUGGGAGGACUCGGAGAGGGAGGUACAGUGCGGGCGCUGCGGAGUCAGCCAAGUUCUAUAACUCGAGCAUGUACUGGGACGAGUUUAUCUGGGGUGGGGCCUGGUUGUACUACGCUACAGGGAAUGUAUCGUAUCUUGACCUGAUCACGAAACCAACUAUGGCUAAGCACGCUGGUGCCUUCUGGGGUGGACCUUUCUAUGGUGUGUUCAGUUGGGAUAAUAAGCUCGCUGGUGCACAGUUGCUGUUGAGCAGGCUGAGGUUAUUUUUAAGUCCGGGAUACCCAUAUGAAGAGAUUCUAAGGACCUUCCACAAUCAGACGGGUAUUGUCAUGUGUUCGUACUUACCUUAUUUCAACAAGUUCAACAGAACGAAAGGAGGUAUGAUAGAGUUGAAUCAUGGAGACCCACAGCCUCUGCAGUAUACUGCGAAUGCAGCUUUCUUAGCGACCUUAUACAGUGAUUAUCUUGAUGCUUCUGAUACUCCUGGAUGGUACUGUGGACCUAACUUCUACCCAACCAAUGUCCUACGAGAGUUUGCGAAAACUCAGAUUGAUUACAUAUUGGGGAAAAACCCUAGGAAUAUGAGUUACCUAGUGGGAUUUGGGCCCAAGUACCCGAAGCACGUGCAUCACAGAGGAGCGUCGAUUCCGAAGAACAAAGUGAAGUAUAACUGCAAAGGAGGAUGGAAAUGGAGAGACAGCAAGAAGCCGAACCCGAACACGAUCGAAGGAGCCAUGGUUGCUGGUCCUGACAAGCACGACGGGUUCCGUGAUGUCCGUAUGAACUACAACUACACCGAACCGACACUUGCGGGAAACGCUGGUCUUGUCGCGGCUCUAGUGGCAUUGUCCGGUGACGAACACAAUUCUCGUGUUAUAGACAAAAAUACUAUUUUCUCGGCCGUGCCUCCCUUGUUCCCGACUCCGCCUCCGCCACCAGCACCGUGGAGACCUUGA